AGCGCAGGAGAGGAGAAGAGGAGCAGAAGAGGAGGAGAGGAAGAGGAGCGCAGGAGAGGAUCAGGAGCGCAGGAGAGGAGAAGAGGAGCAGAAGAGGAGGAGAGGAUCAGGAGCGCAGGAGAGGAGAAGAGGAGCAGAAGAGGAGGAGAGGAGAAGAGGAGCGCAGGAGAGGAGAAGAGGAGCAGAAGAGGAGGAGAGGAUCAGGAGCGCAGGAGCGCAGUGCUGCUGUGUAUUAUUACAGGGAGGGGAAAACCACAGCUCUCUGUAUUCACGCCGACAGGAAACAGCUGCACGCUCUGAAACCGACCCGGUGAGUGUGUGGGUGUGUGUGCAGGUCCGUCCGGUGAAGAUAAGGCGCGUCCCCGCUGCGUGUGAGCGCGUGAUGGGAGUGAGUGAAGGGAGCGCGCACGGACAACGCGGCGUCGACCAUGACACGGACCCUCGGCACCCUCCUUUACGCGUUUACCUUCGUCCAGAGUGCCAUCUGUGCAGACUCUGAAGAGCGGCUCAUGAACUGGCUCCUGUCAAAGGAUCGUUACAACAACCUCAUCCGGCCUGCCCUGAACAGAACGGAAAGAGUGACCGUGAAGCUGCAGGUCUCUCUGGCACAGCUCAUCAGCGUGAAUGAGAGGGAGCAAAUCAUGACGACAAACGUGUGGCUCACGCAGAACUGGAAUGAUUACAGACUGUCAUGGGACCCGUCCAAAUACGAUGGAAUUGACAAGCUCCGAAUUCCCUCCAGACACAUCUGGCUACCUGACAUUGUGUUAUACAAUAAUGCUGAUGGCACAUAUGAGGUGACAGUCUUCACCAACGCUAUUGUGCUGUUUAACGGCACCAUCGCCUGGCUUCCUCCUGCCAUCUACAAGAGCGCCUGCAAGAUUGAGGUCAAACACUUCCCCUUUGACCAGCAGAACUGCACACUAAAGUUCCGCUCAUGGACGUACGACCACACAGAGAUCGAUCUCGUCUUAAAGUCCGAAGUGGCCAGUAUGGAUGACUUCACUCCUAGUGGAGAGUGGGACAUUUUAGCUCUGCCAGGAAGGAGGACAGUCAACCCUCAGGACCCGACUUAUGUGGACCUGACGUAUGAUUUUAUCAUCAAGCGCAAACCUCUCUUCUACACCAUCAACCUCAUCAUCCCCUGCGUGUUGAUCACCUCUCUGGCCAUCCUGGUUUUCUACUUACCAUCUGAUUGUGGUGAGAAGAUGACCCUGUGCAUCUCUGUCCUUCUGGCCCUCACUGUCUUCCUCUUGCUGAUCUCCAAAAUUGUUCCUCCUACAUCCCUGGAUGUCCCUCUAAUCGGCAAAUAUCUGAUGUUCACCAUGGUGCUGGUGACAUUCUCCAUCAUCACGAGUGUAUGCGUGCUCAACGUGCAUCAUCGAUCCCCAAGUACACAUACCAUGCCAAAAUGGGUGAAGCUGGUCUUCCUGGACAAACUUCCCAUGUUGCUUUUUAUGCGAAGACCUGAAGGAAACUCAUCCCGGCAGAGGCUACACCAGCGGAGACAUCUCAAAGAUAAUAGAGCUCUGCUUGGGCUUAGUUGUGGAGCUCCCUGCAAGUCAGGAAUGUCCUCUUCUGCCUCAGUCUUGCUUGCUGCAUCUUCAGCAUCAGCACUGUCUUCACCAGGACACUUUUACAGCAAAGGGACCAGCUUUUACAGGAAAGGUGAUCAGCGACCUACGGAGUUCCUGCCCAAUGGCAAUGCCUUGAACCAAGGAGACACGAGAGGAGGUGGAGGGCUAUCAGACCUGGGGGCUGAUGUUCAAGAAGCAGUGGAUGGAGUUCGUUAUGUAGCUGACCACAUGAUGGGAAAUGACGAUGAUCAGAAUGUUAUUGAAGACUGGAAGUACGUCGCCAUGGUGGUGGAUCGGAUGUUUCUGUGGAUCUUUGUAAUUGUGUGUGUGGUUGGGACGUUGGGCCUUUUCCUUCAGCCAGUCUUCCAGAACCAGACAGUUCCUAUCUAUCAGCCGAAUGCUGAAUCCUCUAGGAGGGAUGGGAUGUAAAGAAUGCAUCAAUAUGGGAUGACAAAUACCAGAUCUACAUGUCCAAAAAAACGAGCCAUGGUAGUAAGGCAUUGAGCAAGGACUUGUGGUAUAAUCUUGAAGACAGUUUUCUUUUGGUAUGCAGGAUAAAUUAGUCUUGAAUGAUGGAUAAAAAUAAUGAAACCUUUAUAAUGGAUGGCUAAAUGUCUUCAGGAUUACAGCACAAGUCAAAUCACCUUGACUAACUUCUUUCUUUGCCUGUGAAUACCUGAAAAACUUCUAUAGACAUCCAAUCAGGACUAAAAAUGUCACCAAUUUUUGAUUAGUCAUCAUCAGCAUCAUCGAUUAGCCAACAUCACCUGCCUUCAUAAUGAUGUCCACUGAUAUGGACAGCCACUGGUGCUUCAAGGUUAUACGAUUAUAUCAGGACACUUCACCUUAAUACAAGGUCACUCUUCUUCUAAAAAUAUUAUUUCAGGCCAAUAAACCAGUGAAUUAAAUAUUUAUUAGUCAAUGUUUAAUGGUUCUCCUCUUUCUUCAGCUGUAGCAGGGCAAUACAGCAUUUUUACCGCAAAUAUUCAAUUACCA